AUGCUAUAUCAAAUAUGGUUUAUGUGGAAUGAUUGUUCUUAUUCAUUUUCUCUGUUAUCUCAAGUUCUUGAUGUAUUGGAACUAGGUAAUUUGAAUGCUGAACGUGACUGGGGCUUUGCUGGUGAUUAUGUUAAAGCUAUGUGGCUUAUGCUUCAGCGUGAUACUCCAGAAGACUUCGUUAUUGCAUCUGGGGAGAAACAUUCUGUUCGUGAAUUCACUAAUCUAGCAUUUGAACAUCUUGGAAUUCGUAUAGUAUGGAAGGGAACUGGCAUUGACGAAGUGGGUAUUGACUCAGAUACAGGAAAGGUUCUUGUUCGUGUUAGUGAACGUUAUUUCCGCCCCGCAGAAGUGGACCUCUUAUUAGGUGAUUGCAAACGAGCAAAGGAAGUUCUAAAAUGGGAACCUACCUGCGGUUUCAAAGAUCUUGUCAAACUUAUGGUAGAUGAAGAUAUGAAAUUACUGGAAUCCGUCGUACUCCAAUUUAAUCUUACUUUACUACUUUAA